AUGAGUAUAAUUGGGAUGGAUGAUGGGGGGGUGUGUGUGUUUGUGGAUAGGUUGUGGGGGGGGGGGGGGUGGUGGGUGGGGGUGGUGGGGUGGGAGGGGUGGGGGGGUGGGGGUGGGGGGGGUGGGGGUUGGGGGGGGGGGGUUGGGGGGGGUGGGGGGGGGGGGGGGGGGGGGUGGGGGUGGGGGGGGGGGUGGAUGGGGGGUGGGGGGGGGGGGGGGGGUGGGGUGGGGGGGGGGUGGGGUGUGGGGGUGGGGGGGGGGGUGGGUGGGGGGUGGGGGGGGGGGGGGGGGGGGGGGUGGGGGUGGGGGGGGGUGGGGGGGUGGGUGGUGGGGGGGGGGGGGGGGGGGUGGGGGGGGGGGUGGGGGGGGGGGGGGGGUUGGGGUGGGGGGGGUGGGGGGGGGGGGGGGGGGGGGGGGGGGGGGGGGGGGGGGGGGGGGGGGGGGGGGGGGGGGGGGGUGGGGGGGGGGGGGUGGGGGUGGUGGGGGGGGGGGGUGGGGGGGGGGGGGGGGGUGGGGGGUGGGGGUGGGGUGGGGUGUGGUGGGUGGGGUGGGGGGGUGGGAUGUUUUGGGGUGGGGGUUGGGGGGGGGUGUGUGGGGGUUGGGUUGUGUUUGGGGGUUUUGGGGUGGGGGUGGGGUGUGUGGGGGGGGUUGUUUGGUGGUGUUGGUGGGGUGGGUGGUUGA